AUGCUCUGCUCUCCUUGGGCUUUGCAGCGUCGUCCGCCAAUCAUGGCUUUCUCCUCCUUCCAGUUCUACGACGGCUUCCUGGCCAGCGGGCUCCUCUGGGACUCCGUCGCCCACGACCGGCCCUGGCCCCCCAUCGAGAACACCAUCAGCGCGCGCCCAACAACGGAUCAGAAAGUGCCGAGGCUGCGUAAGAUCCUUCAGGGUGCUGAUCACGCACGCGGACCCCUGCAUCAGCGGCUUCUCAUGCUGCCCGAAGUCCGUUUCCACGCGAGCGUGGCUCUGGGAGCCGGUGCCCGCAGAUGA